AUGUUCUCAAACGCGCUUGAAGCAGCAGGAUUCAUGUAUUCGAAUAAAAGAAUGCAUCAUGCAGGCCCAGACAAAAAACCACAGGAAUUGGGUAUGGUGGUUUUGAGGAUGUGUCACGCUUUUUGCUUAACUUGGUUUUUUAUCAACACAAUGGUAUCGGGCGCCAUUGUUCUAGGCACUUUUUUCCCGAGCGUCGACAGAAUCAAAACUAAUUUACCAGCGGAGACCCGAUGGACGACACUUCGAGCUACUAUCAUCAAUCCGGUCACAAUAUCUGACGUUAGUAAAACAGCUGUUUCAGUGGCAGAGACAGCAAUCCCAACUAUAAGUGUUGCGAGUACAGCUAGUCAAGUUCAAAAUAGCGACUCUGCCACAACAAAUUUCCAAGAUGAGAUACUUGACGUCCACAACUUUCUAAGACAAAAACACAACUCCCCCCCGCUCCAGUGGUCUGCUAAGCUCCAGAACUAUGCCCAAAACUAUGCCGACCAAUAUAACUGCAAUGGGAUUUUAAAACACUCGGGUGCCCCGUACGGGGAAAAUAUCGCUUUGGGCUUCAAUACGACGGCGGCGUUGUAUGCAUGGUAUGAUGAGAUUAAAGUAUACAACUUCGACAAUCCCGGCUUUUCAGAACAAACAGGUCAUUUCACUCAGCUGGUGUGGAAAAAUACUAGCCAAGUGGGUUGUGGGAAAAUUUACUGUGGGUCAUACUACGGACAAUACACAAUCUGCAAUUAUUAUUCACCUGGGAACGUCGCAGGCCAAUAUCGACAAAAUGUGUCUUGA